UCCAUCCACGGUAACCUCCUACUUUUUUAAACGAACCUUUGAAAAAACACACCAGGAUGCAGCAUGUUUGGUUCGUUUGCAAAAAUACUUUCCAUCAUAUGCAUAUUAAACAUGCAUUAACACUAAAUUACCGUAUAAUGAUGUUAAAUAAAAUUUUACAAAAAAAGUAACUAUCUAUGUACAAUAUUAUUAAUAUUAAUGAUCUCGCAUGUGUGUAAAUGAAACAGUGAGAGAAGUGGUGUGUUGGCAAUGAUUAGAACGAUAUAGUUCCAUAGCCAAAAUAUAUAUUUUUUGACUUUCCGCGUGUAUUUAAGAAUUUGUUUGGGUAUUUGUUAAGUUUGAACAUUUUUUUAAAUCUCUGGUGAAAUAAAAACGUUAUGUUAACGGUAAAAAAAUAUUACGUGCCGAAACCGUGGUCGCGCAUUAAUAAUGUUAAUAGUCACUUGUUUGUUUUCUCUUUCAGCCGUUUGUCUGCAGUCUGCACUCUUUACGCCAUAUUGCAGUGUGUUUUAAUAUAUUACUGACCGUGAAAUAACGUACAGUUUGUGUUUCAGGAUUUUGUGUUAAUAUUGUGUAUUUUAACUUUGUUAUAUUAUUUAUUAUCUACUAUUGUAAUGAUGGAAUUUGUUAUCGUUUUGAUAUUUUGUGUGGUUCUUGUGAUUGCUGUAAUGGUAAUUGGUUCCGGGAUGGGGAAAGCUACUUCUUCGCAGCGUCAGAUGGACAUCAUUAACGUCGCUCAGAACUUAUAUGUUUUAAUUAGGAAAGGCGACUUGAAGAAAUGUGACGUUACGCAGACGACCGCGUUUCUUCUCAACAUCGCAAAGUCAACUGUUCUCAAGUACUACAAGAAAGACAUUGAAGAAGUUUCAACACCAGGAAAAAAGAGGAAAAAAAGGCCACAGGAAGGAAAGUCACUUGACACAGUCGACGAUUUCACAGUAAAUGCAAUCAGGAAUGCAAUUUACAGGAUGUACGCUGAAGGUUUGAAUGUUACAGUCGACACCAUUUUGAAAGAAAUCAGGGAAAGACAAAUAGAUUAUUAUGGUGGAAGAUCAAGUCUUCAUAAAUUGUUAAAGAAGAUGGGAUUUUCAUGGACAACUGUUGAUGGACGAAAAGCUUUGAUAGAGAAUGAAAACAUAGUAUUGCAGCGAAUAGAUUUCUUGAGAAAGUAUAAAGAAGAAAAAGAAAGAGGUGCCAAUUUCAUAUUUGUUGAUGAAACAUGGAUUUUCCAGAGAGGCAAGGCAUUAAUUUAUUUGAAAAUUUGUUCUGUGGUCCAAUACAAAGUAUUUCAUUUCCAUUUCAUAUAUUUUUCAGGAACUGUAUCAAAGUCAUGGCAGGACAAGAGUCUACAAUCUGCGAAGAGACGUACUGUUGGAGAUGGUAAAAGGUUUAUUGUUGUUAAUGCUGGAGGGCGCACUGGCUUUGUGCCAGGAGCAGGAUUACUUUUUGUUUCAGGUCAGAAGACUGCAGACUACCAUGGCGAGAUGAAUGGGGAAACUUUCUUGAUGUGGUUUGAAGACAUGUUGGUGCAUCUUGAGGAACCCAGUGUCAUCAUAAUGGACAAUGCUUCAUAUCACAGCACCCAGGUUGAGAAAACACCUACAACGAACUGGACCAAGGAUGCACUGAUCGCGUGGCUGGAGAAGAAUGAGAUAAAACAUGAAAAUAAUUUGUUGAAAGUGGAGCUGCUGAGAAUAGCUAAACAAAACAAGCCCCGAAUACGAUGGGCGAGGUGUGUGGAUCACGUGGAGAAGCUAAUUCAAGCAGACUGGGAGAGAGAAGUCCACAUAGACAGCGGCACCAUUCCUCCACUCAUCAUCCACCUCGGCAAGGAUAGUUCAAGUGAAGACAGUGACAGCGAAGAAUUUGAGGUUACGACACAGCAAGUAGAUGGAGACAGUAAAGUACUGGCAGUUCCUCUUGAUGAUUUACCCGGGUGUUCUUAUUGAGGUCUGUAUGUAAUAAACACCUGGGCAACUGUAAGUAUUGGGGUUUGAAACUUUUUUUU